AUGACAAUUUCUCUGAGUAAAGUUGGACCAGCUGUAACUAAAUUAUGGUAUUGUGCAAAAACUGCAAUAAAAAAUACACGAGCAAAGAGAUUAGUAUGUAAUCCAAUAGUGGAUAAAGCAGAAGUAGCACUAGACAAACUUAAAGACGUGGCGGUUACAUUACUAACUAAACUACGUGAUCAUCAACUUCCCAGGGAACUAAAAUAUCUAGAACAAGAGAUAGAAAAAAUUAAAUGCAGAAUCCACGAGAAAAAUAUUUUAGAAGCAUGCAAAACUGUGAAGCCAGCUAUUGGUACUGCGUGGCAAUAUGCAAAAACCGAAAUGGUUCCACCCUUGACGGUAAACUUCUUUCACGGACCUGUUGGAAGAGACAUUGAGAACGCUGUUUCUAAAGCAGGUGAUACUGUUAUUGCCCUAAUACAGAAACAAAUACGGCAAAUAGAGUUAGAAGAAGUAAGACAAAUAAAACUGAGAGAAGCUGAAGCUAAAGCUGUGGCAGCGAAGAUUAAAGCUGAAGCAAAAAGAAAGGCCGAAGAAGCUAAAAAAAUGGAAGAUGAAAAUUUUGCUAAAGAAGCAAAAGCUAAACAGCAAGCUGAAGCAGGGAAGAAAGCUCAAGCUACUCAGAAAGUAACAGCUGAUGCUGCUAAGAAAUCUAAAACUGAAACAUCUUCACAAAAAGUUGUACCUAAAAAGAAAGCUGCAAAACGAAAGGCACCAAAGAAAAAUAGACGUGGAGAGAAAAAAGGGUCAUCUCCAAAGUCCAAGAACUAGUUUGAAAUGUGUUCGUAUUAAAACAUGAACAAUAA